CCCGCGCCGAGCCCACUCGCCGGCCGCCGCCGCCGCCAGCCAUGCGCCGCGCCGCUCCUCGGCCGCGGGCAUGACACCGCGGCCGCGCCCCGAGCUGCGCCGCGGGCUCCGCGCGGGGCCAGAAGAUGAAGCCCAUAGUCCAAAGAAGACGAUCUACCCCUUCUGCCAUUACUAAAGCUCUCGGCAAGUCAAAGAACCAUUCCAGGGAGACUACCCUUUCCUCUUCCCAUUCAGACAAUGGGCUGCCAAGUGGGGUGUUCAGCAGCCCAGGCUCCACUUUCAUCCUGGAUGAGCGAGUACAGCUAACCAUGGGCCUGCAGACCCAGGAAAGACAUUUGAUCUUGUUCAGUGAUGUGCUGGUCAUCGCCAAGUCCAAAUCCUCCUCUAGCCUGAAGCUCAAAAAGCAGGUGCCUCUGAGUGAAGUGUGGACCGGCACCUGUCUCAGCGAAGUGACAGAGAAAAAGAUGGGUCCCGAGAAUUCGUUUGUCAUCGGCUGGCCUACCACCAACUAUGUUGUCACCUUCAGCUCAGCUGACGUGAAGGAACGAUGGCUGUCAGCAUUACUGUGGCAUAUCAAUGAGGUAAAACAGAAUGAAUAUCUGAAGAAUCUAACCCUUCAGAUCUUUGUGCUGGAUGCUGACAACUGCUCUUCUACUACUGCAGUCAAUGUGUCCAAUGUGGAAACUGCAGAGAGUGUGAUGAAGAAGACCCUUCUACAGCUUGGACUUCCUGGCAGGACAAGUGAACAUCACCUCUGGGUGAUCUCAGGAAAAGAUGACCCUGCUUACCCUCUCAUUGGGCACGAGCAUCCUUUCAGCAUCGCCUUGAACUGUCUCCGGGACUCUGCUGACCAGCAGCAAGGAACCAACAAUAACACCCUCCUGGCUGAUGGGACAGAGUCUUCCUUCCUUGAUCAGCUCCCAAAGGAAAAACAGUGUCAGUUUGUCCUGAAACCCAGGCUCCAAGCUCCAGUGCAGCUGAGGAGAGAGUCACUGCAGAAACACACCAAAAGGAAGAAGUCCUUGAUUGAUUGGGCCCUGCGCCGCAGCACCAGCACCCCGACAGGCAGCCCUCCUUCGCAGUCGCCUACCACCCCACGGAAGCUCUUUGGCCUGUCUCUGUCCUCUGUCUGUCCUGACGGGAUCCUUCCCAAGCCAAUCAUGGAUAUGCUGCUCCUUCUGUACCACGAAGGUCCCUCUACUAGGGGCAUUUUCAGACGUUCUGCCAAUGCCAAGACUUGCAAGGAGUUGAAAGAGAAGCUGAACUCUGGAGAUGAUGUCCAGGUGGAUGGAGAGUCAGUCUUUGUGGCUGCAGCUGUCAUCACGGAUUUUCUCCGAAAUAUACCUGACAGUGUUCUAUCCUCAGACAUGCACGGACUGUGGAUGGAAGCUGUGGACACGGAAAAUCGGACACAUAAGAUUGAAGCUAUCAAAAGUCUAGUCAACCAGCUUCCAGAGGCCAACCUCAUCUUACUCAGACACCUCUUUGGAGUUCUCCAUCAUAUUGAGCAGAAUUCCGGCGUGAAUCAGAUGAAUGCCUUUAACCUGGCUCUUUGCAUAGCACCCAAUAUGCUGUGGCUACCAAGUCCCACUGGGCCUGAAGAGGAGAGCAGGUCUACAAAGAAGGUGGCCUUGUUAGUGCAGUUCCUGAUUGAAAACUCAGGAGAGAUUUUUGGAGGUGACAUUGCUUCCUUGUUUCAAAGACCAGACAAAAAGAAGUCCAAAAACUCAGACGAAUCUCUGGGCAUAGGCUUGGCUCAGCAUGAUGAUUCUUCUGAUGAGCUGGAAUUUUCUGCUUGUGACCCAGAAGGACCAAAGCACCACCUGGUACCUGAAACAGAUGCCAUUUUUGAAGCAUCCAGCAGCUUGUUACUCGAUGAGGAUCAGGAAGACUGGGACUUGUUCAGUGAGAUCACAGCCUGCUACCAAAGCAAAGCCCGGAAGAACACCAGUGCAGACAGCUAUGACCUCCUGGAAGAGGAGGGCUCCUUCUGCUCCAUCGGCUCAAUACGCUCACUCAGCCCGGCCAGGGACCGGUGCUCAUCCGAGCCCAGCGUCUGCCUCAGCUCCCAGCUGCCUGCUCAGAGCCAUGAGCCGGUAGCCCGCCAGUCCAGCUGCGAUGCCACCAUCAUGCACAGCCAUACAGAUUAUAUCCACAGACUCAAGCAGCUGCAGGUGGAGAGCCAGAAGUUGAUUGAUGAAGGCCUAAGCCCUGGGGUCAGUAAGGCCAGGCAGAAUUUGUGGCAGUCGCCUCAGACCAGCUCUAGGGUAAAGCAGCUCAGCCUUCAGAAAUCCAGCCUAUCCAACAGGUCCAGCUUCUCUAGCCUGUCCUCUACCACCACCUCCCCAUCUGCCUCCUCACUCAGCUCCUUAGACAGUGCUUUCUCCUACUGCUCAGAGUCAUCAGCCAUUAGUCCCACAGACGUCUCAUCCCUGCCAUUCAUGUUCGGCACGUCUGCCAGGCUUCAUGCUGUGUCCCCCAAGAUUGCCAAGAGGUCCCUGAAAGAGUGGCACAAGUCCCUCACAUCUCCUGUGCCUUUACAUCUGUGUGACCUGGACAGUUUCCAUGAGUACGAACGCAAGGCUGUAGAGAGCAGUCAUUGCUUUGCAGAGAGCAAAAGUUUUCCAUCUGUCAGCGGAGCUGCCGUGGGAAGCCCACUAACUGACACUGACUGGGAAGAAGAGGAGAGACAGCUGAGUGGUGUAGCAGGCCCUGGCCCAGGGCUCGGCAGCUGGGAUUAUACCAAAGAGUUUGAACAAAAACCUGAGCUGCCAGCUGCCAGCCCAGCCAGCGAGAAAUCCCCACAGAUCAGCCACCAGCAGCAUAGGGAGAAGGCAGUGAAGAACAUAGAAAUCAAAAGCAUUGAUGCCUGCCCUCCAAGCCAGGAAAGCCUGAAGCGCACCAAGAUAACUUUUUACAUGGCCCCAAACAAAGAAAGCUCUUGGGGGUCUCCAGUGGAAGAGGAAGAAGAGAGACCCAUGGCAAACACCAGCAGCAGUGACUCACCCAGCAGCAGCAGUGAGCAAAGCCUGUCUAAGAGCUUGCAGACUGUGAGAGUCCAUAUCCCCCAGACAGUUUUCUAUGGGCAAAAUACCCCCCUUGUCCUGCAGUCCAUCUCCAGGCGCUACCACCAUGAACCAAUGAUCCCAUCCCCACAGGCAGAGCACAAAGAGAGCCCCCAAAGUGCCUCCACUCCCGAGGAGCUGGAGAGCAAGCCAGUGGAAAUGGCGCAGGCGCCAACCCAGAGCAAGGGCUUCAACACAUUCAGCCACACCAUCCGUAUCAUCCUCCCCGCCUCCAUUCGAAACACCGUCAGGGAGUAUUUCAAGCACGAUGAAACCAAGACCUGUCCCACGGCUGAGGCAGAAGCAGUGGAGAAUGAACUCCUUCGGAGCAGGGUGGAGUGGCUCAGGAGCCAGCCACUGGCAGAGGUGGCCACAGAGGAGCGUGAUACAGUGGUGUUUGCAGAAGAGACGUUUGUCUAGGGAGAUGACUGUGGAAGAACUGAAUAUUUUUUUGUGUAUGUGCAGCAGAAAAUAUUCUGUAAGAUAUGAUCAGGGUGUGAAGAAUCUAGCAGGCUGCAUGGGGCAAUAAGUGUAAAGUGACACUAAUGUGUAUGUAAUGUUGGGGUUUAAUGUUCAUUUUGGCUGGGGCGGGGGGGGUAUUCUUGUUUUUUCUUUACACCCUUUUUCUAUGGAAGAGAUUUCACUGGUUGGGUGUCUAGUGGGCUGAAUGCCACUCAGGACUCUCCCUGUCCAUGAAUUAGCUGACCUGUACAGGGUCUGACUCUGUUUCUUUUUAAAGCAGGAAAGGAAAAACUCUGUUUUAUUUUCUCCAGUCAGCUGCUGAUGUGUGUGGAUGACCGGAGAACUGGGACAGCUAAUGCUCCAUCAGAAUUAGUUAAAACUCUUUAUGCUUGCACAAAAUCCUCCACUAUUCACUGUUCAUCACCAACAUUCAUCCAAAGAAAGACCCUUCACCUCCAUCCCAGAAAUCACUGCUGCUUUUCUCUGCUCAUCUUUUGUCCCCUGGUGGUCUAGCUCACAGUCUGCAUUCAUCACUGUUUGAGGCUGGGUUCCAAAAACACUAAAUGGAGCACAGAGCCCAAAGCCCAGCUUUCACUGGCAGAUGGUAUAUAUAACAUUUUAACCCCAAGAUUGCUUUUUUUUCCCCAAUUAAUUGUGCAUUGAUUCUCUCUUCUCAUACCUCCCCCAAAGCUAGCAUUUGACAGAGCCACAGUUACUAUAAAGGAUUUUAGCACUGUCAGUUUGGCAGGGCUAUGAACAUUUGUCGUCUUCGGGGUCCUCUGGGAGUAGCUGGUCCUUUUAGUCCUAGUAAAAGGUGACAUUAUAUUUCUGUAAAUGAUGGUGACAUUUCAGAAGGCCCUUUCCAGAGGCAGUGUGGAUGGGGCAACUAAUUAAAUUCCUCGUCACACUGAGAAGGACAUAAGCAGGAUUUGGCUUUAGCAUGAGGUUGAGGAGUUGUGGAAGUUGUCGAGAAUGUUGUCAAGUGGAUGCUGAAGCAAAGCCCCAUCUGGCCAGAAAGUUGUCAGAUGGUGCAUAAGCUGAGACUGUCCAGGCUACAACAGCACUGAUGCUGUCUCAGAGAAGCAUUGAGUUCCCACUCAGCAUAGUACAUGGCCCAGUGUGCUCCAGCAGAAUUAAGUCUGGAGAAGUGCCAGGCAGGGAUGGGCUAAGCAGGCUGCUUGUGUUGCACCACUAAAAAAAUGCAGCCAAUGGACUCUGGGAGCAUCCCCAUGAUUCCACUCAAAGCAAUGCUCAGAAGCACCAUAGCCAUAACAGGACUUGCUUAGAGGGUUGUGAUGCUGCCAGCUGAGCAUUAAAGAGAAGCUGAGAGCACCAUGUUAGUUUGACAGGUGUUAAGAAAAUGAUGGGAAAAGUCUAAAAGGUUAAAAGGUUCAGGAUGUUUCAUUUGAAAGUUAUGCGAGAGUUUUCUAAGGUGGUUUCUCUCAGAGAGACACUCCUUUUACUUAAUUAACAGCAAAUGGGUGAAGGACAAGAUAAAUACAUGAAUCCUAAUAAUUGAAAGGUAGUCCCUGUGGAGUAAGUGCCCCCUGCAAGUUCCUGAGUGUCUGCAAAUAGCCAUACCAGGAGUUGCUUAACACCUGCCAUGGUUCAGUGCUUGCACAGAGGGGGAAGCCACCUCUGUAAAAUGGUCUAGUAGGUAUCAGGUGCUUCCACUCAUCUGCCAGGUGCCUGUGACAGUCAGUGCCAGGAAACUGGCUCAGCACUCCAAAUUCACACCAUCAAAUACCAGGGCAGGGGAGAGAGGUGGAAGCCCAGAGCCUGCUUUCCAAGGCGUAUAGAGUUCGAUUUGUUCUAUGCAGGGUGUUUAACUCUCAGAUGUAGCACUCUCUGUCCCAGAUCACCUCGUUGGCCCUUGUAUGAUGAAAGGUGUAUAUAAUCAUAAUACGACCCCCCCCCCCGCCAUCAUUUCCCUCACACAUGAGCACUGACGAGGCAUUCACAGUCUUUUUUCCAGAGCUACAGUUGUAACUAUUUCAAUAAAAGACACACAAGUUUGUUUGUCA